AUGGAUAUCGACAACUGGCAGGCGAAUAGGAUCAGGAACAGCCGCUAUCUGCAAGAUGGGACGGUGAAGCCUUGGCCAUGGGGGAUCCAGGUCCAGAUCCUCGGGGCAGAGGGCUGCGGGCGACACAGCGUGCUCAAUCGGAUAUGUCUGGACGAAUUCGUCGAGAAUUACAAGGUCACCUCGGGCUGCAAUACUGCUUGCAAGCAAGCUCACAUCCGCGGCCAGUCUUGCGACAUCUGGUUCGACACUCCAGUCUCGUUGACGUCGUUCGGCGACGGCUACCCUCUCAGCAAGCAAGAGCACUUCUCCUGGAUUACGCGCGGCAUCCGAGACAGCGACGCUCUCAUCCUGGCAUACGACCUCUCAGACGCCCGAAGUUUCCAGGUCCUUUGCGAGUUCUGCGCUCGGUGCGAACUCGAGGGCGUUGGCGUCGCGCCCGGAACCAGCCUUCCCUGCCUAAUCAUCGGCACGAAGACCGACCUCCCGAAUCAAGUCCACGUCGAAGAUGGCUGGAGGUUGGCAAAGCGCCUGGGCGGCAGCUUUGUCAUGUGCUGUGCCAAGGAUGGCCAGGGGUUCUCGGAGCUGAUCGAGGAAGCUGUCGGACCGGUCAUCGAGGCGCGGACGAGACUGAUGCGGGAGAGUGAGGAUAAUCUGGGAGAAGCCAUUAGGCAUCUCAUGGCCCAGACAAUAGUUCGACGGCCGAGUCUAAGAAAGAAGCUCAGUUUUCGUCGCCGAGGACGAGAGCCGGAACUCCGUCGGCCGGUGACGAGAGCGCGAUGUUCUGGCGCGCCGCCGCGGUGGACAAUGAGGCGACUGAUUAGCCCGCCGCCUUGGGCGAUUUCCAGAGGGACGAGCUCGGAUUCGAAUGAGAGUGACACUACUCUCGUAGAGUUAUGUCCUCCGGAGUAUCAAUUACCAGUGGACUUGGUCGAGCCAGCCGCGACAGGCUGGGCACCGAAGUUUUGACGCGGGCUAGAAACAUUUAGACACGGGACGGGACGGGACGGAUCGGCGAUAAGUGGAGCCCGACGGAGACGGACCCGGAGCGGGUCAUUGAACGACCGGAGUCGCAAUCAUCACGUUGGGAAACGCCGACAGGGUUGGGACCCAGACAAGGACUGCAGGCAAUUGCGGCGCGGGAAUAUGCUUUGUCGACAAGCUUGGAGAGUUGGGGUACGGCGCAUUCUGGUGAGCGGGGUCUGCUCAAAUUGGAGAAGUUUGGAUUUGGAGAUGAUUUUAGUGCCCAAGGCAGAGAGGGCCAUUUAAUUUAGCCUUUGGAGCAGAACCGUCAAUCCCCCGUCUUUCGGGACUAAUUUAAUAAAUGCCACGGUAUCGUUUGCGCGACGCAUUAGUUGGUGGAUGAAU